GUGAUUUAUUUGCCGCUUUUUUCUCGCUCUUGUAACACUUGACGAGUUGACACGACACCUGACAGUGACAGUAGAGAUUCGCGUGUGCUGUCUGUCAAUUUUUAAUAAUUUUUUUUUCAGUGACUAUUUUAUUAUUAUUGGUGAGAUUUUAAAUCGAGGGUGUGACCUCGACGGUAGUUUUUUCAAUCACUCACACGUUUAUCCGUCAAUGAAAUCCGUCAAACGUGGGAAACAAGUCGGCCAUCUUGAUAAAACUGACCACCGCGAAAUACAAAACGAGUGAAGCGACAUCUCAUGGUUUUUGAGAGAUCAAUAUUCAUUUUACAAUUUUUGUAGAUGAUUCACCAGUCAGUGAAGUUGAGAUUUUCCUUGUAGGGAAUUAUUGAGAAAUAUAAUAACAGUUUUGUUGAAUCGUCGAUUUAUCCUCAUUUUAUUAAUUUCCCUCCCUCGAGAUUCUUGUGACAGAAUUAAUCCCGAUUUACUUCAUGGGUGUGAUUUUUUCGAUGAAGGUGUCGGGGGUGCCGUGAUCCCUAGACUACAGACCUGUUUCCGGUGAUUUAGAUAAAACUCGAUGUUUUCAGUGAGGAUUCAUUCAUGCAAAUCAAAAAAUCUGAAUAGAGCGGUAUUCAUCGUGGCCGACAAUAAAAAAUAGACAAGAACCACGUGGAGACUCAUCUACAGGAGCAACUCCUGGAGAUUAUUUUCUUCACAAAAGACAAAAAAGAGUAUCUUGAAAAUCGUCACGUCAAACCAGCCAGAAUUGAUAAGAUACGUAUUGCUGCCUCAUCCCAAUUAUCAAAGGAGAGAUUUACUUGAAAAAUUUCAAACCAAAAUAAUUUAAUUUAAACAACUCACAAUUUCUCUGAUGAAUUGUUCGACGUAAAGAAUUUUUUAUGAGACAUUCAAUAGUUUGCGGUCUGAAUUGACGAUUGCAACUCUAACCUCACAAUUUCUCUUCAAAUUCAUAAUGACUGAAAACGAACCUAAAUCCAAAAAAUUCAGGGCUUCAAUCCUCAAUGAAUCCAUGAAUUCCAUAGCCAUUCAAUUUCUCUUCAAAAGUUGGUGGCAUUCCUAUUCUCCCUGUAAAGCUACCGCCUUGGAGGUGAUUGUCUUUCCUUUUCGCGUCUGCAAGAUCUCGAAUUUCUUGAAGUGUGAAAAAUUCCUGGAGAAUUUGAAGAGCGAGCUCUCAGCCAUUGAGACCAACAGACUAGAAUCAGAUCUCUUCAGUUUCGAGCAGACGUCAGACCUGGCAAACGUAGACACAGAAAAUAUUAGACAACUCCAUCAGGUGUUCGUGAACGAUUUGAGACUCUGGAUAAAAACAAACACAGGAAUUGACCUGACGAGAAAGAUUUCCAUGUCAUCAACUCGUUAUUCAGACACGGAUCAUCUUCUCUGUCACGAGGACAACCUGGGGGACAGGAGAAUAGCAUUUAUUCUCUAUCUCUCCGAGAGCUGGACAGCAGAGGACGGAGGAACCCUCGACCUAUUCAGCACAGACUCUCAUGGACUCCCAAAGAAGAUCGUCCGCUCCUUAAUCCCUGAGUACAAUUCAUUAGUCUUCUUCGAGGUCUCUGAUAACUCCUAUCAUCAAGUAGCAGAGGUUAUUUCACCUGAUAAACUCAGGUUGACCAUAAAUGGUUGGUUCCAUGGUCCCCUUAAACGCAGCAAUCGACCCCCCAGGCCAGAAAUUGAAUUAAUCCUCUACGAACCAUCACCAAAUGACGAAGCUCUCAACUCCUGGGUGAUGCAGUCGUACCUCUCUGAAGAUACAAGACGGGAAAUUCAGAAUGAAGUAGAAAAUAAAUCCUACACUUAUCUCGCCAAUUUCUUGAAGGAAGAUGCCUAUAACAAGAUUUCAGCAGAGAUUACGAGUGAAGGGAUUAACUGGAAGAGGGUAGGGCCUGCAGACUCCAGGAACUAUGAAGUAGCUGAUGAAGAGAGUCUUCCCAGUGCCUUGAAAAAAUUCUACGAGCUAUUUAAAUCCAUUGAAAUGUUCAAACUGCUGAAAGAUUACACAGAUCUCGAUCUUGUACCUGAUGGGAAGGAUAUGAAGCCGAAGAUGCGGAUUGAAUUGCAGAGAUGGUCUAAAGGCUGUUAUACUUUGAUCUCUGAUAAAGAUACGGAGGAACCGAGUAAAAUUCAUGAUUCAAGCAGUCGAAAAGAUAAUGUCGAGGUAGAAAGUCAAGGGAAGGACGUGGACAAUUCGGCAGACAAUCCUGGAGAGGAGAAAAGUCAAACGCCGUCUGAUUCUCCAGACUCCCAAGGAGUGGAGAUCGAGAAUUCUUCGCCUGAUGCUUCAGGGAAUGCAGGGAGUGGUGAUGAUAUUGAUACGUCUGAUACCAAACUUGGGACUUUGGAUGUUAUCAUCCAAUUCAAUACCACUCGAGUACCUGAAGACGUUACUAUUAAUUAUGUUUGUCCUGAGGAGCCCGAUGGAACGUUAGUCCAUGUACCUCCUGAAGAUAAUCAUCUUUGUUUGGUUUAUAGAACAACUGAUACAUGCAGAGUGCACAAAUACGUGAAGCAUUACUGCGAGGGAUAUUUUUAUAAUCUUAUAUGUAGUUACUAUGAAUCAGAGAUCCCGGUCGCUGAUCGAUUCAGAUGAAACAAAAUAAAUCGUUGGA